GCACUGUCGAGGGCUCGCGCAUUCGUUGCAGAGUUGACGCUCGAGGAAAAGGCUGGUAUGGUCACAGGGACUCCUGGACCAUGUGUUGGCAACAUAGCACCAAUUGAACGCCUUAAAUUCAGUGCACUUUGCCUACAGGAUGGACCACUAGCUAUUCGUCAAGCCAUCUAUGCCUCUGUCUUCUCUGCCCAGCUAUCAGCGGCAGCUUCAUGGGACCGGUCACUUGCUCGCCAGCGUGGGGUGUUUAUGGGCAACGAAUUUCGAGGAAAGGGUGCACAAAUCGCCCUAGGUCCAGUUGUUGGACCCCUGGGAAGAUCACCAUUUGGCGGCCGAAACUGGGAAGGGUUCAGCCCUGACACCUACCUCUCGGGCGAGCUAGUUUCAGAGACAGUUCAAGGCAUUCAAAGUGCUGGUGUACAGGCCACAACCAAGCAUUACAUCCUUAAUGAGCAAGAGACACAGCGGAACCCAUCAAAGAAUGAAAAUGGAACUACAAUUGAAGCAAUCAGUUCGAAUAUUGAUGACAAGACAAUGCACGAAACCUAUCUCUGGCCUUUCGCGAAUGCGGUACACGCAGGUACCGCCUCUAUCAUGUGCUCUUACAAUCGCAUAAACGGCAGCUAUGGUUGCGCGAAUAGUAAGACUCUCAAUGGCCUACUCAAAGAAGAGUUGGGCUUUCAGGGAUAUGUAAUGUCUGACUGGGGUGGUGUCCACUCCGGUGUGGCAUCUAUCGAGGCUGGUCUGGAUAUGAAUAUGCCUGGAGGUAUCGGCUUCGUGAAGGCCAGGCCAUCGUUCUUUGGCGAGAAUGUCACAGCUGCUGUCAAUAACGGAACAUUGUCCAUCGAACGAGUUAAUGACAUGGUUCUUCGGAUCAUGACGCCUUAUUACUUCCUAAACCAGGAUGUCGGUUUUCCACUUGUAGACGGCUACACCCCAAAGCUUGGAUUCUACCCUCCGGAGAACUAUGUAUACAACUUUACUCUAGGCCCCAUCGUUGAUGUCCGUAAGCAAGAACAUGCCAAGCUGAUCCGGACCCUCGGUGCUGCAGGUACGGUCCUACUGAAGAACGUCAACGCCUCUCUUCCGUUGAAGCAACCAAAGAACAUUGGAGUGUUUGGUAAUGACGCAGCAGACUUCACGCAAGGCUUCGCUAAUGACAAUUACGAUAUUGGUACUCUAGCAGUUGGAGGUGGUAGUGGGACCGGGCGAUUCACUUACGUUGUUUCGCCACUAGACGCUAUCAAAUCCCGCGCGCAGUCGUACGGUGCUCUUGUGCAGUACAUCACAGACAAUAAGGCUAUCGCCAACAAGGGCCUUUCUUCCCUCGCCCCUACCCCUUUGGACGUAUGUAUCGUUUUCCUCAAAUCGUGGGCAAGCGAGGGAGAUGACCGUACAACGCUGAUCGCGGAAUGGAACUCCACCGUCGUCGUUGAAACAACUGCUGCAAGCUGCCCGAACACAAUCGUUGUGCUACACGGCGCAGCACCCAACGUCCUGCCUUGGGCGAACAACCCGAAUGUUACCGCUAUUCUUGCAGGACACAUGCCUGGUCAGGAGACUGGAAAUUCAAUUGUCGACAUUUUGUGGGGUGAUGUCGAUCCCUCCGGCAGGCUGCCAUACACGAUUGCCAAUAACGAGACCCAAUAUGCGAGGAAUCUCGUCAACAGCACCGAACUGCAGACGACGACAGAUCCCAAUGCGUGGCAAGCUGACUUUGUCGAGGGGAAUCUGAUUGACUACAAGGAGUUCGAUGCCCAGAAUGCGAGCGUUGCUUACGAGUUCGGGUUCGGAUUGAGCUACGCGACCUUCGAGAUUUCAGACCUCCAGAUCAAGGCGGCAGUGAACAAUGCUCCACGCACGCCAGAUCCUCAAGCGCAGAUCAUUCCAGGUGGCAACAUCGAGCUUUGGACAACCCUGGCUACGGUCGGCGUGACUGUCAAAAACACGGGUGAGGUCGCGGGUUCGACCGUGCCGCAAUUGUACCUGUCUUACCCAGACGAAGCGAAACUCCCUGUGAGGAGCCUGCGGGGCUUUGAAAAGGUUUCCCUCGAUUCUGGUGCCUCUAUCACUGUACAAUUCCCUUUGUUGAGACGCGAUUUGAGCUAUUGGGAUACGUCAGCACAGACUUGGAGGCUACCUACUGGAGACAUUAUGGCGAGCGUAGGGUUCAGCUCCAGGAAUUUACCACUCAAGGGGACCUUGACUGUCUAGUUUGUGGGUAUUGGCAUUUUACAUCUGACAACAUGUGUAAUCUUGUCGACGAAGAUUUGUAGUAGCGAAGCCAUAUUGGAGAUAAUACCAG